CCUCCCUCGCUGGACCCGCUAUGUGCAGCUGGGCCGCGGCGGGGCGGCGGCUGAGCGGCUGCCGAGCGCGCGCCGCGCUCCCUGGAGCCCCCGGGGGCGGGAGCAGCUCGGGGCCCGGCGGGGUCCGGGCCGUAAACCUGGCCGAGCUGCUCCAGAGCUCGGUGGGGGACGAGGAGCCGGAGCCGGCGCCGGCGCGGCGGCCCCCGCAGGAUGGCACCGUGCUGCUCUUCCCCGGGCAGGGCAGCCAGUUCGUAGGGAUGGGCCGGGGGCUCCUGCGCUACCCCAACGUCAGGGACAUGUUCCGGGUGGCCGAGAAGGUGCUGGGUUACGACCUGCUCUCGCUCUGUCUGCGGGGGCCGCAGGCCGAGCUGGACCGCACCCUGCACUGCCAGCCCGCCGUCUUCCUCGCCUCACUGGCCGCCGUGGAGAAGCUCCACCACCAGCAGCCCAGUGUCAUUGAGAACUGUGUUGCAGCUGCUGGGUUCAGUGUUGGAGAAUUUGCAGCCCUGGUGUUCGCUGGAGCCUUAGAUUAUACAGAAGCCUUGUAUGCAGUGAAAGUGCGUGCUGAAGCUAUGCAAAAGGCAUCAGAAGCUGUCCCAAGUGGGAUGCUAUCAGUUAUUGGUCGACGUGAGUCAAAUUACAACUUUGCCUGCUUGGAAGCUCGUGAACACUGUAAAUCAUUGGGUAUAGAAAAUCCUGUGUGUGAAGUUUCAAAUUACCUGUUUCCAGAUAGCAGAGUCAUUGCAGGACAUUUGCAGGCUUUGGAAUUCUUGCAGGAGAAUUCCCGAAAAUAUUAUUUUAAGCGAACAAAAAUGCUUCCAGUCAGUGGUGCUUUUCACACAAGACUCAUGGAACCAGCAACAGAGCCUUUGGCUGAAGUUCUAAAAUCAAUUAAGAUUCAGAAACCAUUCAUCUGUGUCUAUUCGAACGUUGAUAGCAAAAAAUAUAUGCAUUCAAAACACAUUCAACGUUUGUUAGUAAAACAACUUGUUUCACCUGUUAAGUGGGAACAGACUAUGCAUGCUAUAUAUGAAAGACAACAGGGAGUGGAGUUUCCUUAUACAUAUGAAGUGGGGCCUGGGAAGCAGCUAGGAGCAAUCCUCAGAAACUGCAAUUUGAAGGCCUGGAAGCUCUAUAAACAUAUUGAUGUUUCAGAAGAUGAGGAAGCAGAGGAAAUGUAAUUUUGAAGGAAAAUCCAUGAUUUUUUUAUUUUUUUUUCCCCUGCUUAAUUUUAAAUGAUUUUAUUACUCCUGAAAGGCAGAUACGACAACCCUGAAGACUAAAAGCCCCUCUUUAUCUUAUCCCCAGAAGAGCUCAGCACACAUAACUGCAAUGCAAGUUUUCCUUCCCCAUAUUACAGCUCCAGCAUGCAUCAGACUUCUCAUGGAAGGACCACUUCUAAGCUUCAGCCUGUGAUUUCUGAGACAGCCAACAAAGAUGCCAGUUUAUUAUUAGAUUUGGGCCUGGUCCUGCUAGCAAAUCCACACAUGCAGGCCCCUUUUACCCAUGUGGAGUCAAAUUGAAGUCAGUAGGGUUCUGUCCAUAUGCAAAAGUCUUUUUGCUUGGAUCUAGUUGCAGAAUCAGGCCCUUUAAUAGUAUUUUCUUAUGUGGACUUCUGUUUAUUAGGAUCAAGAAUUCAUUUAGAUAAACUAUUGGAUUAUAAGAGCUUUCAGUAACAACUAUGUUUUGUUUUAUAAAGUAUCUAAUCAGUGGGACAAAUAACCAAAAUGCUCUUUUUUAAAAAAAAAUUUCUACAGGAAAAAAAUUUUUUCUACAGGAAAUUUUUUUUCUAUGAAUCAGAUAAAUUAAAAAAUUGUUAUUAGAAAUAAAAUUUUCUUAAGGUUGCACUAUUAAUAAAUUAUUUAUAAAGCUCUUCCUCCAUAAAUUAAUGCUAUCAGUGUAGUAAUUACAGAGUUCAUCUGUGGAAGGAAGUGUGUUCCUUCCUGUGCGUGCACUGUUUCAAGAUGGUUAUAGAGGGUUUCCUUUUCUAAAUUACCAGAGGCAGAUAUGACCUUUCACCUUAUAGCCACUACCACCCCUCUCAGAAGUUUUACCAGAUUUCUCUAUCACCAGAUAGCUGUAAAUAGUAGGCAUGAGUUCCCUGUCUGUGGCACUUUUUUAGAUAAUACAGCUCAGCGAGUUAUUUAUUGGACCAAGCUGAUUCUCUGAACCUCUUUUAAGGAAGCAGAAAAACGGCCACUCAAUCUUUGCACCUUCUCCUUGCCCCUGUGCUUAGAAUAGGGGCGGUAAGGAGUGUUGGAAGGCUAGUGCUAGAAAAUGCUCUAUGUACAUCACCCUGCUACAGCCCUGUACAGAGGAUCUUGGGUUUUUUGCCACAGCAAUAUGAGAGGAAUUCAGGUGCUGGAGGAGAGCUAGAUCCCUCUGCAGCAACGGUAAGAUGAUCUUCCCAUUCUGCUUGUGGGUUGGAGUGUGCUAAGUUGAUGAGUAGAUCAUACUGGUCCUCUAUGCCAUACUAGAUGCAGCUGGAGCAUAAACAGCGUUAUCUGGCCUCUUCUGCAAGUUUCUUCUCUUCAGAUUAAACAACUGAAGCAGCCCCCCUGAAGCCUCUGCACCCAUCAGUGCAACUACAGGCUUACAUUGUACAGGGGCUAGGCUCGCUCUGAACACUAGGGAUAAAUAAUGGUGUUUUGGGCCCCUUUCCAUCUACUCAUCCAACUAGUGGAGGUGCCCAUAGAGGUUAUGUGGUGGCUGUUUUCCUCCAUAGCGAAGGAGGCAGGCUCUACUUUCCCUCUAGCCCUGCAUGGCAUUCCACUAUAUGGGAUGAUUGUUUUACUUAAGGCAUAUUGGAUUAUGCAGUGCAACUCACUGAUCCUAGCAAGGUUCUCUAAGAAGCAUUCCUAGCCAACCGUUGAUGAAUUAGGCCCUUAAAUGAAACAGAUUAUUUUCUUGUUGCUCAAUGUAUUAAUCUCCAGCUUCCAAUGAGCGUUCAUUUAAAAUAAAGUGUAUUGUGUCUAAGAAUUCAUCUUCCCCUGUGGAAUCCAGUCCUCUCAAACAACAAAUCUGUUAGCAGUUUUAAAUGUAAUCCAAAAUCAGAAAAGAUUAUUAUUUUGAGCUCAGAUGCUGCAUCUGAUUCAGUCUAGACUCAUAGCCACAGGGAAAUACGACUCUGAAACUUAUUGUUAAAGAAAAGAUGUUGAUGGCUAUCUUCCUCAGACAUUACCAGA